AUGUCGUCGAAUCCAGACGAACCUAAGAGUCGUGCUUGGACAGACUGUUUACUGAACAAUGAAUUUGAGGUUCAGAAGUCCUGGGAUGAAAACAAUGUUUUUGAGGCUGAUGCUGGAAGUGAGCCUCCAGGUCCCAGAGAAAAUUUCUUCUGGAACUUUCCAUACCCUUACAUGAAUGGCUUGCUGCAUCUCGGCCAUGCCUUCUUGUUGUCCAAGCUUGAGUUCGGUGCUGCAUACCACAGGCUCCGUGGCUCCAAUGCCAUUUUGCCCUUUGCUUUCCACUGCACUGGAAUGCCCAUCAAGGCCUCAGCUGCUAAGCUUGCCAGGGAGAUCCAACAAUUUGGAAAUCUCCUGGUAGUGGCGCAGAACGGCAGGAGGGUUCUGGUGCCGCAGUGGCAGAUGCUGUCCAGGCUGAUGCUGUUGUGCCAGAUAAAUUUAAGAGCACAACUGCUGCAAAGGCUGGCGCACAUAAGUACUUGCAUUGUGACUAGUGUUCCAAGUGAUUCACCUAAUGAUUUCAUGGCACUUCAAGAUUUAGUCACAAAGCCAGUUGUGCAUCUUUUUGCAAAAUGGCAACAUGGGAGGGAAAAAAUGUCUUCAAUAAGGCCAGAAGAAGUUACAGAUGAUGUCUGGGAUUUUGUGUUUUGUGAUGGCCCAGCACCAAAAAGUGACAUCCCUCCAGCUCUGUUGAGCAAAAUGAAGCAAGAAUUUCAGUAUUGGUAUCCAUUUGAUAUUCAGGUGUCUGGGAAGGACCUUAUUCAAAACCAUCUGACAUUCUGCAUAUACAAUCACACAACAGUUCAAGAUUUGCCUCGCCGUGAUGGUAUGGAUGAUGCAAACUUUGUCACUGAAACUGCAAAUUCUGCUGUUAUGAGGCUGACAAAAGAAAUUUCAUGGAUUGAAGAGGUUACAGCUGCUGAAUCUGAAUUGAGAACUGGACCGCCCACUACAUAUGCUGACCAUGUGUUUGCAAAUGAGAUGGGCAUUGCAAUCAAAGAAACUGAGAAGAGCUACAAUGCUUUCAUGUUCAGGGACGCCCUGAAAUCUGGGUUUUAUGACCUCCAAUUGGCUAGAGAUUACAGGCUCUCGUGUGGCGUAGCAGGCAUGAACCAUGAUCUGUUGUGGCGGUUUAUGGAUGUCCAGACCAGGCUCAUCACCCCCAUUUGCCCACACUAUGCUGCUGAGUACAUGUGGAGAAAGAUUAUGAAGAAAGAAGGCUUUGUAAUAAAAGCUGGCUGGCCAGUCGCAGACACCCCGGAUCCUACUCUGCGAAUUCCAAACAAAUGCUUGCAGGAUACCAUAGUUUUGAUGAGGAAGCUGCUUCAGAAUCAAGAGUCUGGUUCCAAGAAGCCUAAGAAGGGAGCUGUGCCUGCACCUCCAUCAGGGGGAAAAAAGAAGCAUUGGCCUUAUAUAUAUGUCAACGAGUAUUACUGUGGCUGGAAAGAUCAGUGCUUGAGGGUGCUGCAGUCUAAAUUCGACAGCCAAACGCGCUCCUGA